GGUGGUGACAGCAGCAGGAGGCGGGGCUGCCGCAGCCCCAGGAGCAGCAGAAGCAGCAGCAAAAGCAAGAGCUGGAGCGGGAGCCGGAGCAGCAGCAGCCGCGGGAGCCCCACUGCGUGAAGAAGUGAGCGCAGAGCUGUCUCCGUGGCAGCAGUGGGAGUAGGACCCGCAGCUGCAGGGGACGUUCAGCGGCAGCGGCUGCGCCUCCGCAGCUCGGAAGCCGGGCAGGCGGGCGGGAAGCCAAAGCCGAGCGCGCCCAGGUUGCCCCGGCGGGGCCAUGGUGCCACCUCUGCGCCCGACGCUCCGGGCGAGCCCGGGGCCCCCGCCGCCUCUGCUGCUCGGGCUGUUGCUGCUACUGCUGCAACUGUGUAGGGGUCUGCGCGCCGAGGACAGCGGCGCCAUGGAAGAGAUAGCCACCGAGAAGGAGGCGGAGGAGAGCCACCGGCAGGACAGCGUGAGCCUUCUGACGUUCAUCCUGCUCCUCACCCUCACCAUCCUCACCAUCUGGCUCUUCAAACACCGCCGGGUGCGCUUCCUGCAUGAGACCGGCCUGGCUAUGAUCUAUGGACUCAUUGUUGGGGUGAUCCUACGGUAUGGCAUUCCUGCUACCAGUGGCCAUGAUAAGUCUCUCAGCUGUUCUCAAGAAGACAGGCCAUUCAGUACUCUGCUGGUCAAUGUCAGUGGGAAGUUCUUUGAGUAUACAUUAAAAGGAGAAAUUAGCCCCGGAAAGAUCAACAAUGUUGAACAGAAUGACAUGCUGAGAAAGGUAACUUUUGAUCCAGAAGUAUUUUUCAAUAUUUUGCUGCCUCCAAUUAUUUUCCAUGCUGGAUAUAGUUUAAAGAAGAGACACUUUUUCAGGAAUCUUGGGUCUAUUCUGGCUUAUGCUUUCUUAGGGACUGCCGUCUCCUGUUUCAUUAUUGGGAAUCUCAUGUAUGGCGUGGUGAAGCUCAUGAAGCUGGUAGGACAGCUCUCUGACAAAUUUUACUACACAGAUUGUCUCUUGUUUGGAGCAAUUAUCUCUGCCACUGAUCCAGUGACUGUACUGGCCAUAUUUAAUGAACUACAUGCUGAUGUGGACCUCUAUGCCCUUCUGUUCGGAGAAAGUGUCCUAAAUGAUGCUGUGGCCAUAGUGUUAUCCUCGUCUAUUGUUGCCUACCAGCCAACUGGGUUGAAUACACAUGCUUUUGAUGCAGCAGCAUUCUUUAAAUCUGUAGGUGUGUUCCUGGGAAUAUUUAGUGGCUCCUUCGCCAUGGGAGCAGUGACUGGAGUCGUGACAGCUCUAGUGACCAAGUUUACCAAGCUUCACUGCUUCCCCCUGCUGGAGACUGCUCUCUUUUUCUUAAUGUCCUGGAGUACCUUCCUUUUAGCAGAAGCUUGUGGGUUCACAGGUGUUGUCGCUGUCCUCUUCUGUGGAAUUACCCAAGCUCAUUACACUUACAACAACCUGUCAGUGGAGUCAAGAAGUCGAACCAAGCAACUUUUUGAAGUGCUCCACUUCUUGGCAGAGAACUUUAUCUUCUCCUACAUGGGCUUAGCCCUGUUCACCUUCCAGAAACACAUUUUCAGCCCUAUAUUCAUCAUUGGAGCUUUUAUUGCCAUCUUCCUGGGAAGAGCUGCCCAUAUUUACCCUCUCUCCUUCUUCUUGAAUCUGGGCAGAAGACAUAAGAUCGGCUGGAACUUUCAGCAUAUGAUGAUGUUUUCAGGCCUUCGGGGAGCAAUGGCUUUCGCGCUGGCCAUUCGGGACACUGCAACCUACUCUCACCAGAUGAUGUUCUCCACCACCCUGCUGAUUGUCUUCUUCACGGUUUGGAUCAUCGGUGGAGGCACAACCCCCAUGUUAUCAUGGCUGAACAUAAGAGUUGGAGUUGAUCCAGAUCAAGACCCACCACCCAGCAAUGACAGCUUUCAAGUCUUACAGGGGGAUGGUCCAGAUGCUGCGAGAGGAAACCGGACAAAGCAGGAAAGUGCCUGGAUAUUCAGGCUGUGGUAUAGCUUUGACCACAAUUACUUGAAGCCUAUUCUCACUCACAGUGGACCACCACUAACUACAACCCUCCCAGCAUGGUGUGGCCUGCUAGCUCGAUGCCUGACCAGCCCACAAGUAUAUGAAAAUCAGGAACAACUGAGAGAUGAAGACUCUGAUUUUAUACUGAACGAUGGCGAUCUCACUCUGACCUACGGAGACAGCACCAUCACAGCGAACGGCUCCUCUGGCUCCCACACAGCCACCACAAGCCUUGAGGGCAGAAGAACGAAAAGCGGCUCAGAGGAGGCUCUAGAACAAGACCUGGGAAUGGGCGACCAUGAAGUUUCAAGCAGGGGCACCCGACUGGUAUUUCCUUUGGAAGACAAUGCAUGACCCCCACAUCCCUCAAGCAUAAGGGUAGGCCCAUAGCCAGGGUAAGGAGGGGUUACAGGCCCUCGUGUCGUUUGUGGUGGAGGAUGCUCAGUGACUGCAACUAACACUUCUAUUACCAGUGGUUUUAUUGAGGUCUGAAGAUCCAAACCUUAAUGUGACUUCCCCCUGCCCCCAACUUCCUCCAAGAAGUUAAAAGAUGCAGAUGGUGGGGUUAAAGUGUCUCCCAAUCAAGACAUAUAUGAACCUAUUCCCACUUUCUCACACAGUAGUACACCGAAUCCUCUUUUUUUUUUUUAAUAGCAUGCUGUAAUGAUCUGUUAACUCAUUCAUAUGCAGUCCUUGAGCUAAGGAGAAGCAAGUUGGGAGGAGGGGCUACCCCCUAAAGAUGAUUCAGGUUGUUAAUUUAGAUCAGGUCUCUCUUGGGCUGCAAGGUGGGAGAUAGGGGAAAACAGGAUCUCAAUGGAAAUAAAGCAUGGACCUCCAAGAGAUGGGGAAACCAGUGUUAAAUGAUUCACAUAUAAAGAAAUGGUAUAAAAUGGCAGCUCCAAAGCCUGGGGCUAUACGAACAUCUUAUUCUGGGAUUCAUGACUUUGAAAGCCCACUCUAUUUCAUCAUGAGAAAAGAAUGGAAAGGAGGCGGUUUCUCUGGAUGUUUUCAAGAAAAAAAUGUUUAGUGUUCCUGGAAUGUUUGAAACCAAAGGCAAAGUAAGGCACAUUGGGGGAAAGGAAGUGGGGGUUGGGGGUUGAAGCCCACAGCAGGCCCGACUUCUAGAGCCUAACCCUGAGCUGUUACUGACGGGAAUAUAAAGAUUGACUUGGCUAUUCUCCUGCACUGAAAUGGCUGUAAUGAAUGACUGGACAUUAAGGAAGCUUAGGGGAAGAAGAGGAUAAAGGACCUUCUAGGGGUAAGAGGAAUUUGAUUUGGGGAGGGAAAAGAUGCAACUGGGAUGGGAGGAAAUAGAUUUUACAGCACAAGAAGUGUAUCACAAUGAAAAUAGUUUUCUAAAGGACCGUCAAAACUCUCUUAAUAAUGUUUUCUGAAUUGACAAAGGCCUGAGAUGCUGGCAACAGCAUGGCUAACUAUUGGAGGGCUGAAAUUCUUAGGAACUGAUAACAAGGGUAGAGUUGAGAGAUGCCCUUCCUUUGAUCUAAAUAAUGCCUACACUGAGGGAGCAUUGCCUGCUACAGGGUUAAAAGACUUUAUCAUCUUGGUCAUCUCUUGGACACACCACUCAGUGUCAUGCUAAGAAAAAAUAAAAAAGAGGGCAGUAUUCUUGGUACUUAAGGAGACUAACUGUGUGUGAAUGGAUGGUGGUUUUGGGUUUGCUGUUUUUUUUUUUGCUUUGUUAAUAGUAUGAAUUUUUCUAUGUGAUCUCUACUGCCUGUCAAAGAUACCUAAGAGGACUGAAAUACCAAAAGAAUUCUCUGCAGAAAUGUAACUUUUUCUCCCAUCUUUCAGCUUUGAUACUAGAAUAUAUGGGGACCCCAUUUAUUUAAACAUACUGAGAACACAUCAGUUUUUUUUUUAUUAGUCCAAGUAAAAUAGUUUCUCAUCACACUGUAAAUUACCUUUACCUGGUUUUUCACAGUGGGUACUCAUUAAGUGAGGCAUUCAUCAUAGCCCCCUAAAGUUUUAGAAUUAAAAAAAUGAAAUCAAGGUUUCAGUGCAUUCAAAAUGAUUUUAUAAAUGUUAUUUACUGUUAAGGUAGAGCCUGAACACAUAGAAUUUAAUCCUUAAAAUGAGAAACUACCUCCUCAGUCAUGUCCCUUCAAUAGAAGAACAUCUGGUAAGACUGUGGUGGAUGAAACUUCAUCUCUGUGCUUUUUAAAGAACCUAAUGAAAUUCAAAAUCAGAUAUUAAAGCUACUUCUUUAGGGAGCCUGGAUAGUCAGGAGAGUACUUGAGAUAUAACACCAACAGACAAACUAAGCAGCUUUCUCAGAAAAUCUUUGGCAGAGCAGAGUUUCUGUUGUGGGGUCCUGCCACCCAAUUAGAGCUGUCAAGCAGGAUAGCAGUGUGAAUGGCUGUGUGUGUGCAGCUUGGUACAAAGGACCAACAGAGAAUCUUUACCCAUUAAGACACAGUCUUAUCUAAGGACAAGCUUUUCUACAGUAUUGAUUUUUUGUUUUGUUUUGGUUUCCAAGACACUCCCACCUCAAAUUCAACAUCUGUUUAUUUAAAUUAACAUUAGAAGGAAGGAACACACUGGCAAAGACCUCCUGAGGGUUGGGUGGGCCUUACUUCCAACAAAACCUGCUCACACCUCACUGCCAUUAAUGGCAUGGAGUUACUACUGUCUUAAAUUUCUAGGAAAAGUUACUGUUAAUUACAGGAAAUUGCCAUAGUGGGGAAAAACCUGCUGAGUUUCUGCCAUCAUAAUCUGAAUUCAUCUGUGCCUCAAAUACAUAGACAAAAGAUCUGUGUUGUGGGUUUUUCUUCACCACAAACACUUCGCUCUGAGCCACCCGAAUAGGAACAGUAGAGAAUUUGUCAAAACUAGGAAUCUCUUUAGUAGUUCUUGUCCUUUUCCUGUGACUUUCCCCUAAUACUUACCAUGUGGCUCUCUUGGUCUUGAAAAUAGAAAGAAUAACUAUGACCUAACUGCAGGUCCUGGGAAGAUUUGUUCGUCUUUGACAACAUGAUUUCAACCUUAAACAUACCAUGUCACUGUUCCCUGAAGAUGCAGUAACAGUUUAGAAAGCCAGUUGUCCACGAUAGUAGUACUAGCUGUCUUUCACUUCAAGGCCAAAUUGUCUUUUACCAACCUUAUGGAAAACCAAACCAAAAAUAUGAACAAAAAUGGAUCAUUUGACUAAAUGAUCCACACAGAUCUGAAAAAUGGAAAUCUGGUAUUUCUGAGGCUCAUUCUCCAAUGUGGGACUGUUUUAUUCUGGGGUAUGAUGUGUCUGUCCUUCUAGGGAGUACAUUAGAGACAGGUUCCUACCAUUUAACAAUUAAGUCUGAAGUGCUGAGCCUGCUCAAGCAGUCACACAUUCAUCAGCAACCCAGGAGGAAAGAAUUUUCAUUCAGGGGAUUAGAAAAUUAGACAUUCCAUAAAUUCCAGCUGAGUGUUUGAAAAUCUUGAUGGAGGAGCCAAGGUAUGCGUGCCCCUAUGUGGAGAGGGCAUUACAAAGCCUUGAUUCCUGUGUGUGGUAAAAACAAAGUUUGUUGUUGUUGCUUCAAGUGAAAGACAGCUGUGUGCUAAAAACCCUUGCCAAUUCUGCUGUUACCAGGGCAGCAUCACAGCAGCCUUCUGUUUCUGAGACAUGCCAGAUGCUUGCUCUAAAGAUAUCACACCUAGAAAACUCCUAUCAUCUUGGAAUAAAUACUUGAAAAGGAUGCUCAAGAUUUCCUCCUCUUCAAACUGGCUCUGAUGAUCCCCCUACAUUUUAGUGUACAUUAGGAACCAAUUCUGGAUCUAGGCUGAUAUGCUGACACUGAUGGAACUGAUAGUGAACACAGGAUUCCUGAUCUCAAAGGAAGGAGGCUUUCAGGAGGCAGUACACCUUGUUCUUACAAAAUAAAUGUCAGUAGUACCAAAAUUUUGAGUAUUGCCAUCAUUCUCACACUCACCCCCCCUCCCCACUGAACAAAAAGAGUCCCAAUAAUGACUCCUUUGGAAGACCCAGACUUAGCUUUCUCUCUUGGAGAAGCAGUUUGUGGCAUUUUGAUAUGAAAUUGGUAUACAAUUGUAGUAAAGGGAAUAAUGGCUCCCUCAGGGUCUUCUUGAAGAUAAACAUAGGAAGGGUACAAGUGACUCACUCAGGCCUUGGCCAGCCUGAGCACUUGCUGGACCAACAAGACAAAUAAGCUUGGAUGCAUGAUAGCCAGAGAGCAUCUUGUAAGGAGAAAAUGUUUCCAUUAAGUUGAUGGCAAAAAGCUCUUUAGCUUGGGCCCCAGGCCAGUGAAAUAUCAUCUGUCAUUUGAAGUAAUUUCAAAAAUCAGAAAAAGACAACCCCAGGUGCAAAAUAAGGCAUUAAAGAAAUUUCUGACAAGAUGAAAGAUUUCAGGGGAAGGAAAAAGGUUGAAAGUUCCCCAAAGU